UUGGAAAAUUUAUGAAUAAAACUAUUGUAAAAAUGCAACUAUGCUCUCACUUAACUAUUUAAAUGUUUCAUUAGGCUACUCAGAAAUUAAUGUACGGUAAUCAGGCAACAUGCGCUGAAGCUUUGUUAAAUAUUGAAAAAAAUUUCCCUACGUUCUAUGUGUAUCUUCAAGAAAACUGGCUGACCAUACCAGAAAUGUUUAUGGGUCACUAUAGAAAAGGUCUGAUGCAUUUAGACAAUCAUACUAAUAACAGACUUAAAAGAUAUCAUAGAACACUUAAAGAUGUUGGCCUUUUGUCUUGCAUGUCACCGGGAAAUCUUAUAGAUAAAAGGUUAAUAGAGUGCAAAUAGAAAAAUCUAAACAUGCAGACUUUGACCAACAACUAAAAAUUAACAAUAAACUUCCAGAGCCACUAAAGUUUUAUUCACGUCAUGUUUCUUCUUUUAUUCUUCGUCAUCUCAUGGAACAAUAUGAUAAAAGUAUCAAGUCUGAUUUUAGUUUAUAUGAGGACAGAGAUUCAUUACAAAUAAUCGAUCGGCAAUCAACUUUUUAUAACAUAAUAGACUGGGUUUGCAUCUGUGAUGCUGCAUCAUGGUCUGGCGUGCCGUGUGCACAUGUUCUUUUUGCUCUAAGAACGAAGAAUGUAACUGUUAAUGAUCUACAGUUGAUUCAUAAAAGGUGGAUUUCAUGCAAUACUGUAGCAAACCAGGUAAGUUUUGACCAAACGCCAUCACAUAUUACCUCAAAUAUAGAAUUAUUACCUCUCUGUUGUGCCACUCCCAAACAAAAAUUUACAAUAGCAAUGAGUUACCUUCAACCAAUAGCCUCUUUGCUCGCUGAAAUGCCACCCAAAAAAUUUGAACUUGCAAUAACCUGGUUAGAAUCUAUUAAUCAACAAUGCAUUUCUGGUGAAUGGGAACUGAUGGUAUGUCAAUGGAUUUUAGAUGCUUUCAGUUUUCAAAUCAUUAAAGAACUGCAUUAGAAAAAUGUUUUGUUUAUUUUAGUUUCAA